GUCUGCUUGAAUGCACUGCUCAUUAGAUGGUAAACCAUCACAUAUGCAGAGAAUAUACUCCGGCUAUACAGGACAUCUAGUCUAGACUGCUUAGACUUAACAGUCACUGUGGGUAAAGUAUUUAUUUUUUUUUUUUUUGGAAGAACCUGAAGGAUAUAUAACAGGAAGUGAGUUUUUUUUUUUUUUAAAAUUAUUAUUAUUAAAAAGAGAAGAUUUCCAGCUUUCCAAACCAGGGCAGAGACAACAUCCAGUUAAGAUGUUUUCAACAGAGCCUCCUGUCAGCAGGCACACUUUACAGAGCUCGAACGGCACCAAUGCCACAAACGACGAAUUCCUGGAUUCAGAAUUCCGCUACACACUCUUCCCGGCUUUCUACAGCGUGGUGUUUGUAAUUGGACUGGUAGCUAACGUGUACGCCCUCUAUGUCCUGCAUCACAUGCGAGAGUCCAGAGCUAUGAGUGAGAUGCGCAUCUACAUGACCAACCUGACGAUGGCGGACCUGCUAUUCGUCUGUGUGCUUCCCUUCUGGAUUGGCUAUUAUAAAAACCAAGGCAAUUGGACGUACUCGGACCCAUUGUGCCGCAUCAGCGGCUCACUGUUCUUCAUCAACACCUAUUGCUCCAUUAUCUUCCUCACCGUCAUCAGCAUCAAUCGCUACUGGGCUGUGACUCAGCCACUGGUGGCCGCCUCCUCCGACUGCUGGAAACGUGGCACUGUUGUCUCAGUGAUCACCUGGGGUAUUACCCUGGCGAUGGCAGCCAAACAGCUUCUUGAACCUGGGAUCCAGAAAGACCCGAGAAAAGGAAUCCUGAGAUGCUUCGAAGGCUAUCAAAAUCAUGAUACAGAUUCCAGGCUCUCUGUCGUUAUUAUCCACUUCAUCAUCAUUGGCCUGUUCUUUGCAGUCUUCCUCCUUGUGGUGUUGUGCAACGUGCGUAUCGCUUGCGCCCUCCUCACGCAGCCCAUCAGUCAGCCCCGACCCAGUACAGGAAGACGUCCCCACGGUACCAAACGCCGCGCCUUGCGGAUGCUGUGUGCGGUUGUAGGUGUGUUUGUUAUUUGUUUUGUUCCGCAUCACGUGGUCCAGGGACCCUGGACGCUGGCUGUUCUGAGGAUAACCAACUGGAGUGAGGAAACCAGGCAGUAUCUCAACGACGCCCACCAAGUCACGCUGGUCCUCAUGGGGUUGAACUGCAUCCUGGAUCCGAUUGUAUACUGCUUCUCUACCAGGAAGUUCCGCAUAUACAUCCAGGAUCAUUUCAAGAAAGUGAAGAAGGGGAAAGCCUGCUCCACACACACCAGCACCACAGGCUUGUCUGUGAAAAUCAGGAAUCAGUGUGAAGAACUGAGCGUUUUUGAAGUGAAGGAGGAGCAGAAGGAGUCAUUUUAGCAGUCUGGGAUAUCAAGCAAAGACUAUAAGCCUUUGUCUAGGCUAGAAGAAAUUUUCAUCCAGAAGGAGAAAUGAACUCCUGCUAGCAUCUGUAGCAGGAGGUAGUCGAACAGCAUUGUGGGAAAUGUAUGAAACUGUUAAAAAUGCCUGUGAGGAACAUUUGAGAAGCUGAAAAGGUCAACCUGGUAUUUCAUUGCUCUGGUCUCUUUCAGCAUGAAAUCUUGGACACUUUCUAGGAUCACAUGUUAAUUGUAAUGACUCAGGGUGAAUUGUUUUGCAUGAAGCAGUUGGCUAGUAGCUAAUUCCAUAAUUAUUUUGGCACUCUCCAUUUCAAGAUUUUAAAGACCCAGACAUUGUUCCAACCUUUCAAAUAUUAACAGUUUUGUUUCGGACUUCCCAUUUUUCUCUGAAUUUCACAAGGCUGGUUUUGUUUGUGUGUGUGUGUGUUCCUCAAAAGACAGGAAGUAGAGUAUCCUUUGGUCUAACCCAUCCCUCUUACUUAUAUGAAUCACACCACCAGUGCUCAAACCACUAGCUUUUUUCCAAACUUUAAAAUUCUUCAGCUAAUUUCACAUUUUAACAGAAUAUAUUUAUUCUUUUUACCUCAGUAGUUGCUCAGGGAGAGGAUUGUGCAUGUUCGUGGGUUUGUCACAGGAUGUAUAUGAUGUUUGUGUCUUGAAUGUUGGAGUGAAGUCACUUUAGAUGUCCUAAACAUGUACAGAACCAUGUCUUUCCUUUUUGGUGUAAAUCCAAACAGAAAUCUAUUAUUACAGACGUUUUCAAAGGUAUAUACUAUAUUAUGUUCAUAUAUAUAUAUAUAUACUCUAUUUUUGCAUUUUUUUUAAUUUGCAGUGUUGAUGAAGUAUCAGUGCACUUAACUGUUAAAUAAACUGUCUAAACCUUCCUUUGUUCUUUC